AUUUAGCUUUUUAGAGCGCGCGUCGUCUCAGGAAAAUUUCAGUUGUUCUUUGGAAGUGCGCUCGACAAGUUCAGUACUGGAAAGAGUGGCAACAAAUCAUAAAGAAAAAUCUCUUGCGCACUGUAAAAGAAACAGUGAAAGUGUUUAAAAAAACUUACCCAGUAAUUGUUGACAUAUCAAUAAAGCUUAAAUGUGCUUCAUGUUUAAUUAACUUUAUUACAUAAAAGUGAAAUCAAGAGAAACAAAUAAUUAAAAAUGCCGGUCGAUAUUUGCAGUCAACAGCACAAUCUGAUAGGUCCAAUAAGCGGAACAUCAGAUACCUCCUCUUUGUCGCUUAAAACAUUAUCCUUGGCAUCUGCUUUGCCCCCGACCGAUCCCGAGCAUACAAACAGUGCAUACAACAUGAAUAAGCUGUGCCGACAGGUGUCAAUUGAAUCACCCGGACCGGGUGUAAAGAACUGUGUUUUUAACUUCUUUGUGCCCAUUGAGGAUACACCGGCACAUGGCGCCCGCAUCAAGAUUGUGUGCGCUGGUGCCUGUUAUCGUCGUAGGGAUCGCUCCAAUUCGAUAACCAGCGUGUCGUCAGUGUCAUCCGAAUUGAGUGACUACUGUCCGUCGGUGACGUCGAUGUCAUCGCCCGCUCAUCAGGGCAUCCGGGAGGGUUCAUUCUUUCCGGGCUUCGAAGUGGCCGGCGUAAUUGAAUCAUUGGGUUCGGAGAUCACAGAGGCCAACAACUGUGGCCUACAUAUUGGACAGCGUGUCAUUGUAUAUCCAUUCGAUGAGACUCCUGCCGGUUAUGCAGAGCUGCUGGUGGUGCCGGAUCUAAAGCAUAUCGUACCGAUACCAGAUACUCUACCCAUGGAGGAGGCCGCAAUGUUGCCAACUGGCGCCUUGCUGGCCAUGAAUGCCGUCUUUAAGGCACAGUCGGUGGUGACGGAGAUCCUCAGUCAACGUGCGGCCACAGAUCCCAAUAAGAAAUGCAAGAUUCUGAUAGUAGGCACUGGAGGAUUGGCCCUUUGGGCAGUACGAACUGCAUCCUAUCACUUCGCAUCGACUGGUGCGCAUAAUGUUGAUAUUACAGUGGCCAGCCUCCGGGAUGAGGGAUUCCGUCUAGCUACAGAGAUCAAAAAUGUCAGCGUUGUGCAAUGGAACGAGUGUCUAUAUGAGCCACAGCUCAUUGAGCGCACCAAGGAUGUGUGUGGAGGAGCCGUUGAUGUGGUCAUUGAUUUUGGCACAACAUCCAGAAGUCUGCAUCGUUCCAUGCACUGUCUCUCCAAGGGCGGUGUGGUCCUGAUCAGCGAGGAGGUUGCCGAAAAACUGCUGCCAAAAUUCUCACGACUCUCCAAUGAGUAUCAGCAGGAGAUCAUACCAAUUUCAAAUGGCACACCCGAGCAGUUGGCCGAAUUGGUGCAAUUGGUGGCUGAUAAAAAGAUUGAGCCACCGCCGUAUUCGGUAUUUCCGUGCGAACAGGCCGCCGAAGUCAUACAGAAGCUGUGCAAUUCCGAGAUUCCCGGACGCGCCAUUCUACGCUUCCACGAAAUUGAAUAGAUCGAAUUAUGCAAGCAAGCAUCUCUAUCAAAGCAUUAACUCAUCUUAAAUAUAGAUAUAUGUAUAUCUGUUAGUUUUUACUCAAGAGAACCUACACACAAAACACUUGGCUCCCUUCCUCUAUUGAAGCGGAUCAGCGGAUCAGGAUCAGGAUCACUCCUACGGGAACCACAAUAGUUAAACCCUUCCUGCUCCCUUCAAAAUAUGUAACAUUUAUGUGCUUAAUAUUUGCAGUAGACGUUACUUUUUGAACUUUGAGUUUUGGUCAUCGAUUUGACCAGUGAUUUAAUUUCCUUAAUUUUGUAAUUAUUAAGCAUCUUUAGUAUUAUGUAUGUAUUUUUUGUAUACGUAUGAAUUGUGAUUAAUUUUUAAUUUAAGCAUCACACAGUUUAAUGACUUUAUUUUGCGUACUUAGAACUUAACCUGAUUUUUUAUUGGAGUGAACAAAAUUCACAAGCCAUUAAAUAGAAGCGAAGAAAAAUGUUCAAAAUAAAUGUUAUUAUAUUAUAUAUAAAAACAAAAAAGAAAAGAAAAUGAAAUUUGUUAUGCAUGCAAUGCAAAAUGUUUGAUUCGAUUUGCUUGAUAUUUGUACUCAUUACGUACCCAAAAAUACAUUAUAACUAACUACAACUACUUAAAGUCAUAAAUAAAAGCAUAUGCAUAUAUGUAUCAAUACUAA